AUGGGUGAUAUUCCGGUGCUGUUUGCCGAAGAAGACGUUGGAACCUUCUUAACGGAUGAAACUGCUUUGGAGCUGCUUCUAUCGGCACUGUACAACCGACUAAUGCAGAUUAAAAAGCAGAUGUGGGCGGCUAACGUAAUUUGCGAUGCUUGGACGAAGCACAGGAAGUGCAAAGGGAAGCCGGAUCAUCAUGAUACCGUGACUACUCUGUUUGAAAAUCCACGGGUGCUUUGCAGUGGUGUAUUUUGUAUUACGAGCUCUAAUGACAAUUUCAAAUUAAUCAAGCAUCCUCAACAUCUGGAGUCUUUUACUGUCAAUGCUGAUCGUCAAAGAGAACAUAAUCAUUUUAGCAUUACUGUUGAAAACGAUAAUCGCGAUUUGCUGCUUCACAAGCCGAUUCACAUUACCGGCUAUGAAUCAUUCUUGAAACGCAUCGAGCGAAAGAACCCUCCUCAAAACAGAAUAUCGGUGUCUGAAAAAGAGCCAACAUCUUCUUCUGUUUCCACGCUGACCGAAAGCUGUGAACCAGAAUGUAUGUCCUCGAACGAAAUGGAGCGAAGACGCUGCGCAGCCAUAAAGAUUCAGGCGGCUUGGAGAGGCUACUGCGUGAGGUGUAAAUCGACUCCGGAAAUGACAGAUCUCUCCAAGAAAAUUAAAUUUCAGCGCUCUGUGGCUCAGCCUGAAAAUACCAUUGGCCAGCGGACGAGUUAUGCGUUACAGAAAAUUCUUGAGGCACGACCUCUGAGCUUCUCAUAUCGCGUGAUCAACCAUUUAAUCAUCGCCACGUCCUCUUCUGCCAACAGCUGCAGACAGAUAGUCUUAAAGGGAGCCAUCCCUGUACUCUACACUUAUAUUGAAGAGUCAAAUCGGAGCGUUGCUUCGACGUUUGUCGUACAGCGUGUCAUACAAGUGCUGAUAAACUUGGCCAAGUUUCACGAAACUCUUCCCGCUGUUGUGAGCUAUCCGCGAUGGUUCGAGGUUUUAGCGAAUACGAUUUUACAUUUUCAAAAUUACGAGCAACAGUUGAUAUCGAAAGUUGUCGUCCUGCUUCUGAUUCUUUCGGCGUUGCCGUGCGCUCAGGCGAAAAUGAGCGAGUCCCCGGUCUUUGUCCAGAAGUUGAAGCUUGCAGCGCAACGUUUAAAAAAGCUUGAACAAUGUAAAAAAUUCAGGUCUUCUUCAUGCGGGACCAUUGAAUGUAAACGCCGCAUUCGCCACCAACACGAUCAACCGACGGAACAUUACACGCCAGAUUGGGUGCUGGGAGUCGUCAAACCGAAUGAAAAUUUUACUCCUUCUCAGGGCCUCUUCAAGCUGUUUGUUCAUUAUAAUAUAGAUUAUGACCUUUAA